AUGGGCUUGUGGUACACAUUUGGCAUAGCGCUAUUCGCUGCCAUCGGCACAUUCUUGUUCGGCUUUGACACUGGCAUUGCGACGACGACGAUUGCACAUCAAAGCUGGAUUGAUUACAUGAACCACCCAUCAAAGGGUCUUACUGGCGCUGUCGUCGCCGUUUAUAUUGCAGGUGAGGCACUAGGAGCCCUGACGCAAACUGCUGUGGGCGACAGGCUAGGCCGUCUCCGAUUCAUGCAAGCCCUUUGUGUGGUCGUAACGAUCGGCACUGUCAUCCAGACGGCCAGCGUCAAUAUUGGGAUGUUUCUAGCUGGGAGAGUUCUCGCUGGCUAUGCUGUUGGUGGUCUGGUUGGAACAGUUCCAAUCUACCUUUCCGAAAUCUCUUCGCCAGAGCACAGAGGUCUGAUUGGAGGCAUCUCUGGUUGUGGUAUUGCGUUCGGAACUAUGAUGUCCAACUGGGUUGGCUUUGCUUGCAGUUACGCAUCCUAUGGACCUACGCAAUGGAGGUUGCCAUUGGGAAUGCAAGUUCCUUGGGGGGUAAUUCUUUUCUGUGGGCUCGCAACUUUCAUGCCCGAUUCACCUCGCCAACUCCUGCGUAUUGGCAAGGUAGACGAUGCUCGACGAGAGUUUCUCAAGAUACGUCGUGAUCUCGACCCUCAAUCGGCAUAUCAGGAGUUUUCCUUGAUGCGAGCCCAGAUUGAGUAUGAGGUUGAGAGGGAAGUCAAGUCCUACAAGGAAAUCUUCAAACUAUUCAGGCAUCGUGCUCUUGUAUCAAUCGCAGUACAGACGAUGACCAGUCUUACAGGAGUCAAUGUAAUACAGUAUUACCAAACAAUCCUAUACAAAUCGCUUGGUAUCGACUCCAAGCAGAUUUUGGCUCUAGCCGGAGUGUACGGCACCGUUGCAUUCUUUUCGAACGCCAUUACAACAACCUACUUGACCGAUCAAUGGGGUCGUCGAAAAAUGAUUCUUACUGGGCUCGGCGGUAUAGUUCUGGUCGAGAUAUAUGCUGCCGUGAUGCAACGCGAAUUCCAACAAACAGACAAUCAGGUCGGAAAGGGGUUUGCAAUUGUCGGCAUCUAUCUUUUCGUCGUGAUUUAUUAUGGUAUGCUUAAUAGCACGACAUGGCUCUAUGGAGCGGAGGUGCUGCCGAUUGCGCUUCGAAGCCGAGUCAUGGGUCUCGCUGCGGCCUCGCACUUUAUUGUCAAUGUUGGCAUUACCGAGGCAGGACCUAGUGCAUUCUCUCAUAUACGAGAGAAUUACUAUUAUGUUUUCGUAGGAUGCUCGCUGUUCUUCUUGAUCAUAGCAUAUCUAUACUUCCCCGAGACGAGACGGAAGACGUUGGAAGAAAUAGCCGCUGCGUUUGGUGACAAAGUUGUGACUUUGACAGAGAGGGAUAUUGCUAUCGAAGAAGCCAUUGCAGAAGACAAGAAUGUGUCAGAGCACGUGGAGGAUGUUUCUGAUGACAAGAGACCUUGAGAACCAGCAAAUGCGCGGAAGAAACCUCGUCG